GAGAGAUCCUGCCGCCCGUCUGACCAAUAAGGCUGCUCUUCUAGAAAGAGAAGCUUCUUUUUGACUCAUUCUCACUUAAACGACACAAACCUGGAACCACGAAACCAGGAGAGAGCAUUCGGACAAACAGCACAUUUGAAGGAUGCAGGACGGGAGUUGGAAUCAGCCACUCCCCAUCUCUCUGCUGCUGAAAGAUCCGGCAGCAGGCGGGACGUUGGAGGGUGAUGGAGGAGUGUUUUCUGAGGCCUCCUCUGAUGGAGAACUCUACCUGGACUCAGUGCCAGAGCUGGAUUCUGGAGAUGGAGACUUUGCGGACCUUACCGCCUUCUUGAGUGCAGAAGAGAUUAACCUUAGCCUGGACCUGGCCCGGGAGGCCUUUGGUGACAAAUGUGAAUCUGAAGAUCCAGGCCGCUCUAAUCCUUCACAACCGGAGCAGGCUCUCCAACCCGUCCUCUCCCUUCCUGUGACUACUGAAAACCUCAACACCAGCCCGAACCUGCACCACCAGACCAAAGCCUCUUGCCCAGAUGACAGUGCAGCAGUUAAAGUGUCCAGUGAGGCUCCGUCCUCUGAGAAGGUCGUCCGUCACAAACCCUUACAGCCGAUUUAUAAGCUGGACAAACCCAGGCUGGUGCACGAAGGCCUGGAGCUGAAUGAUCGGGCAGCUUCAGCCACAGAGUUCUGCAGUCGAGCCGCCACCUUCAUCGAGGAGCUGUCAUCCAUCUUCAAAGGUGCAGCUCAUCUGGAGCAGCAGGUGGAGGAGGACUCUUCAUCUCCUGAUAGCGGCUAUCUGUCUCCCAGAAGCCAGCGGCCGGUCCCUCAGGGCUCGGCUUCUGCUCCCUCUCUACCUCCAGGCCAACAGGAGGAGGCUCAGUUCAUCCAGCAGGAGAUGAUUCCUCAGCCUGGAGGUCCGGCGGGAGUCGCAGCCUCAGCCAGGUACCAACAGUCUGGAGCUCCAACAGCAGCAGGACCUCUGUCGCCUCCUUGCUUCCUCCAGAAGCUGAAGAGUCAGGAGGUGGCAGAGGGAAGCCCCAUCCGACUGGAAUGUAGAGUCAGAGGAAACCCACAGCCCCUAGUCAGGUGGUUCUGUGAAGGCCGUGAGCUGCAUAACUCUCCUGACAUCCAGAUCUGGAGGGAUGGUGACCUGCACACUCUGGUGAUCGCUGAAGCCUUUGAGGACGACACUGGACGUUACACCUGCGUGGCCUCCAACAGCCUCGGAGCAGAUAACACCUCUGCUGAGGUUUACAUUGAAGGAGCUUCGUCCUCAGACUCAGAAGGAGAAGGAGCAAAGUCCAGAUCAGGAGCCAUGCCUCAAAUGCAGAAGAAGACUACUUCAAUGUCCCUAACAAUACGCUCAUCAUCACCCAAAACCCCUGAGGUGCUUCCUCAUCGCUCCACCUUGGUCCAGUCCUUGUCUCAGCCCCCACAGCGGAUGCAGAGUCCGGUGUUGUCACUGUAUGGUGCUGAGGUAUCAGGGCCUCCUGUAUUCACCAAGCUCUUGCAGGACGCCCAGGCAUCUGAGGGCCAGGUGGUGGUUCUGGAGUGCAGAGUCCGUGGAAGUCCUCCUCUGCAGGUCCGAUGGUACCGUCAGGGAAACGAGAUCCUGGACUCCCCCGAUUUUCGUAUUCUGCAGAAAAAGCCCCGAUCUGCAGCUGAGUCAGAGGAGAUCUGUACCCUGGUGAUAGCCGAGGCCUUUCCAGAGGAUGGAGGUUUGUUCAGCUGCACAGCGUCCAACCCGUAUGGUUCAGUUAACAGCACAGCUCAACUCACCGUCACUCCAGCUGAGGACUCGUCCAGUAAUGGCAUGUCUGGUGACAGCUCUGGGUUUGAGGAUGCGGCGGCCUUCCCCCCUCCUCCCCCACCCAGCGAGAUCAGCCUCCUGGAGCUGCCGCCCAAGACGCUGCCUCCGCCCGGCACCGAGGCUCUCCGCAUCAAGGAGCUGGAGAUCUGGCCCAGUGUGUCGGCUCUGCCUCCAGUGCAGAUGAGCUCGGAGGUGGAGGACAAAGGGAAAGGCUCGGUGCAGAACGGCCAACCUCCGAAUCCACCGUCACCUCCGAGCCUGCCGAAAGAGACCCCGCUUCCACCCCCGCCUCCACCUCCACCUCUGCCACCUCUGUCUGACCUUACAGCAGGUGUCGCAGGUCAAAGCCCAGGCUCACCUCCAACCCCAGGCAAGCUGUCUCCAUCCCCAGGGAAGGACGGUCCUCCGCUGCCUACCAAACCCAAACCAAAGCUAGCUGUGAAUAUAGAGGAGGAGACAAAAAAUGACAGGAACGCGUCUCAGCUGAAGCAGCUGCAGGACCAGAUUCUGUUGGAGCAGCAGGAAGCAGCCAACUGGCAGCAGCAGCAGGAGCAACAGAACCAGGAAGUCCCGCCUCCGCCUCAGCAACCGCUUCAGGAAGCUCCUCCACCUGCCCCUCCAUCUCCGCCUCUCCCCCCUCCUCCCUCCUUCCAGGAGCUGGAGAGCAGCGCAGCAGCCAUGCAGGCCAGCACCUUCAACUACGCCCGGCCCAAGCAGUUCAUCGCUGCUCAGAGCCCUGGUGCAGCGGGCUACGUCACCCAGUCAUCCUCUGGGUCCAGCCUCUCUUCCCCCUUGUCUCCCCCCACCUCACACAAGCCCUUCAGCAGGGUCACGCUGCCUCCCUUUACUAAGGCUGGCAGUGUCGAGUCCCCGAGCUCCCCUUCCUUCCCGCCUCCCCCUCCGCCCUUCCUCAGCUCCAGCAACCUGUCCUCUCCAUCAGGCUCUGCCCAAGACUUCCCUCCUCCUCCGCCUCCUCCCCCUCCACCCGUCUCCAUGUCUCCGGCCCACUCGGACAUGUCCUCCCCGUUCUCCUCCGUCCCUCCAUCUCCAGCCUCCAGCUUCCUGUCCUCGGUGUUGCCUUCCACACCUUCCACACCCAGCAGCCCUACAAUCAAUGCCCUGGGCCUCCCUAAAGGCAACGGCACUGUCAAAGCGUUCCCAAGGAAGUCCUCGGUCACCAAGACGCAUCGCAUCGCCUCAGACUCAGACAUUCAGGGAUCCAAGGAUGCCGUCAUCCAGGAUUUGGAGAGAAAACUGCGCUUUAAAGAGGAGCGCGUAAGCAACGGUCAACAGAGGUUAACCUAUGAGGAGAAGAUGGCUCGCAGACUGCUGGGUGCUGACAACGCUGCCACAGUCUUAAACACACAGGACACAGAGGAGGAGCCAGUCACACAGGACGACAGUUCAUCCGAAUUUUUCCCUCAAAAGGAAUACAAAGUGUCCAGCUUUGAGCAGCGUCUGAUCAGCGAGAUUGAGUUUCGUCUGGAGCGUUCUCCGGUGGAGGAGUCGGACGACGACGUUCAGCACGACGAGGACUCGGCCGGCCGUGGCGUGGCACCAUCCUUCGACCAGAAGCUCAAACACUACAAAGUCUUCGAAGGCAUGCCAGUCACCUUCUCCUGCAAGGUCAACGGAGACCCCAAACCAAAGGUCUACUGGUUUAAAGAUGGCAAGCAGAUCUCCAAGAGGAGCGAGCACUACCGGAUCAGCCGAGACCCGGACGGAACCUGCUCUCUGCACACCGCUGCAGCCUCACUGGACGACGACGGCAACUACACCAUCCUGGCAGGCAACCCUGAGGGCCGAGUGAGCUGCACCGGCAGGAUGAUGGUCCAGGCGGUGAACCAGCGAGGACGAAGCCAACGCUCGGCGCCCGGACACAUGCGCAGGCCUAGGUCCAGGUCCAGAGACAGUGGUGAUGAGAACGAUAACAUCCAGGAGCGUCACUUCCGCCCACACUUCCUACAGGCGCCCGGCGACCUCAUCGUUCAGGAGGGCCGACUGUGCAGGAUGGACUGCAAGGUAAGUGGCCUGCCCACCCCUGACCUCAUCUGGCAGCUGAACGGACAAGCCAUCCGCCCCGACUCUGCCCAUAAAAUGCUGGUGAGGGAAAAUGGCGUCCAUUCUUUGGUCAUCGAGCCUGUGACCAGCCGCGAUGCAGGAAUCUAUACCUGCAUCGCCAGCAACAGAGCCGGACAGAACUCCUUUAACCUGGAGCUCAUUGUUGCAGCCAAAGAGAUGCACAAGCCUCCAUCAUUUGUGGAGAAGCUACAGAACACAAGCGUUGCAGAAGGUCACCCAGUGCGACUGGAGUGUCGCGUCACAGGGGUUCCCUACCCGCAAAUCUUCUGGAAGAGGGAGAACGAGUCAUUCACUCACAACACAGACAGAAUCAGCAUGCACCAGGACAACUGUGGCUACCUGUGUAUGAUCAUCCAGCCGGCGAUGAAAGAAGACGCCGGCUGGUACACCGUGUCCGCCAAGAAUGAAGCCGGCAUCGUCUCCAGCACGGCACGUCUGGAUGUGAACACUCAGUGGCAGCAGCCCAACCUCCCCAAGCCCAAGAAGGUGCGUCCCUCCACCAGCCGCUACGCCGCCCUGACAGAAAGAGGGCUGGACGUGAAGGCGGCCUUCUUCCCCGACUCCAGCCCGCUGCAGCCGGGCGGCCUGGUGGAAAGCGACGACCUGUAGAGAACCGCAGGGAGGAUCACCCAGAAAACCCUGAAAGCUGCCCUCGAUUACUCCUGAGACACACACUUGCUGACAGCGAGGAGGGGCAGAGCUUAAUAAUGUCCACCACCACUGAACUGAACUGCAGACACAGAAGCAAAGCGUCGGUGGGCAGAGUGAAACAGUGUUUUUAUAGAAUGACACAACCCCAUAAUAUUACAGAAUUCAUCACCCACUUUAUCAACUGGACCUGGAAAAUGAUUGAAGUGUUUACCACAAGAGAAGACUGCUCACAAACUGUAUGGCCGACUUGAAAAGAGUUGAUAUUAAAGUGCCUCUCAUUUCUGUAAAAAUACAAAACAGGUAUAGAGAAAAUGAAUGAAACACAGAAUCACUAUGCAUGUUCAAGUGGUGCCAUUUGCAGACUAAUACUGUUUUAUAAGUAGCACUCACCAGCUUUGUGAAGAGACUGAUUCAAAGCAUCACGGCUUUGACGAAGGAGAUCACAGACUUUUAUUAUGUGGGCUUGUGGAGCACAGUAUCUGAUUGUAGUUAGAGUAUCAUAGUCUCAGUGUUGUCAGGUUUUAGGUUAGCUUUGAGACAAUGGACAAGGCCGGGCCUUAAAAACUGUAUUUUUUAUUUUAGCAGAAGAAAUGAGGUUUAGUGAAAAGAAGAAGUGUAUUAGUGCAGGUUGGCUCUAACAGGAGAAGACGACGACAGAAAAAGCAGGUUGACAGAUGGCGUAAGGGUGAAGAUUGACUGACAAAUGGAAAACAAGAUAAGCGAUGUCGGGUCAUUUUUGGUGAUUUUUUUUCUCCUUCUUUGAUGGUUUAUUUUUAGAAGCGUGAAUUGAAACACUCGAGAGGGGGUGCUGUGGAAGGUUUCAGUGUAUUUGUCACACACAUCACAGAUUGUCCAUUUUAUUUUUGUAUGAGGAAAAAAAGAAAGACUAUUUACUUUCCCAUCAAUCUUGACAUAAAUUAUAUCAGCAAACCUUCUGUUCACUGAUUAAGCAAUCCUGUCUGUAUCAUGAAGUUUUAUAAAUACAUUUACUGCCUUAAAUCACUUAACGCAAACACAAUUUCUUUGCAUGUUAUUUUUGGACACUUGUAUAGUGCCAAACAGCUUUUACCAGGAUGUAUAAAAAACACUACUUUUUUUUCUUUUCCAGUAUUCAGGGGUAGUAAACACUCUAAUACGAAAAAAAAACGAAACGCAAGGUAUAUUUAUAUCUACUAUUUUUGUCUCCUCUGUAAUACUUUACAAAGUGGACAGCUUUUUUCUGUGUCUGUUCAGAGCUUGCAUCAGCCGACAGUUACUGUGUUUGCACAUUUCUAUGCCAAUCAAUGCCUGUAUAUGGAUUGUUCUCCUGAUAUUAUUUUAGGUUAUGAAAGUUAAUAAAAGUCAAACUCUUCAGA